AUGCUUUUCAACGGAAAGCACGGAUGUCCUCUUCGUUUUGAAGUUAAGGUUGACUCCUCAAACAGCGAUAAAGAGAAUUUAAAUUGCGUCGAUGCAAUGAAAAAACCUUACCAUGGGCUUCUUCAUGGGCAGUACUAUGACCCAAACGAUGAAAGACGGAUUUCAUUUGACGUCUCCGAACUAACCGAGAGGGUUUUGAGAAACGUAAAAGAAGUAUGUAAAACCGUGGAUACGGCACAACUGACCAUCAGAGUCAAAGCUCGAAAGUGCUCUUUCUCAAAGGACAAAAUCCAGAAUCCACCUUAUUUGGAAAUAUCACCUAUUCCUCCACCAACUCCUCUGCAAUGUACUCCUGGUGAAACGCGCUGCUGCAUGCAAAAAAUGGCAGUGAUGUUGAAAGAGAUUGCAUCGAAUAUUCUCGUUCCAAUUCGGUACCGAACUGGUUAUUGUCGAGGUAGAUGUGAAGGCGGUCCACAUAACGGUCCCUGUUGUGUACCAACGAAGACAAAUCCGCUCUCCGUUCUUUACUUUAAACAAGGAAUUAUCAGGAAGAAUGUUUUAAACGAUGUUGUAGUCAACGAAUGCGGCUGUCGUUAA